AUGCCUUCUGAACGAAAAAGAACCUUCACACGACGAUCUCGCGCAGGAUGUCGAACAUGUCGACGACGACAUGUCAAAUGUGAUGAGACUCCAAUCGCCUGCAAAAACUGCCACUCCGCAGGCUGGAAAUGUGACGGUUACGACGAAAACCGGCUCCCUCAUCUAAGUGGAGGAAGCUGCACUAAUAAAAACAUCACUGCCACCAUCAUCAGAAGCGAGCCAUCGUUUUCUCUUCAUCUUAACACAACUCCCCUACCGGGGGGUAACUCCAAUGAGCGAAGAGGGUUUGUUUAUUUUCAGUUUUGGACUGUACCGAAGAUGAGUAGCUUCUUCGACACUCACCUCUGGCACAAUUUGGUGCUUCCCAUGAGCCAUUCGGAGCGGGCGGUUACACAUGCCGUUAUUGCACUUGGUGCACUACAUGAGGAUAUAGAAGCGAGAGGUGUACCGUUAUCUAGAGCAGAAUUGACAAACCACCGCCAACGAUUCGCACUCGAACAGUAUACGCGAGCUUUGUCUUUAUUGAGUAGCCACAGACAUGUCAACGACCCGAAACUGCGAGGCGUGGUGUUGACGUGUUGUCUAUUAUUUGUCAUGUUCGAACUACUCCGCGGUCUAUACGAUGAAGCCUUCGUGCACCUUCAGCAGGGACUGUCCUUGGUAAAAGCUUUCAAAGAGGUGGAUACACAGCCCCAAAGCCCGUUGGUUUUGUAA